AUGUCAAGUCUGCUGUCAAUCGCCACACUUCUGUCCAAGGAAAUUUCAUCUCUUUAUUCCGCUGAGCAGUACUCCCUCACAGCCGGGCUGUACACAACAACCACAUCGACAACAUCCACCUCGACGACCUCGACAUCAACGACCAGUACAUCGGAUGCUGCGACAGCCACGCCAUCAGAAAGAUUCAUCAUCGCUCUUGCUGAGAACGACAACGAGCUUGGAAACCCCUAUAGCUGGGAAUACUUCGAUCCAGCAUACAGUGGGUCGUGGACUGUGUGCGAUGGUCCUAACAUGAAGUUCCUGAUCAGCGCCAACGUGCCGAAAUUCCGAUCUGUGCUCGGCGAUGAGUCUUUUCAAGUUUCGUUCUGUCAAAACCAUUCCGGACUCGCAGCGCAAAUCAACGGUCUCGAUGCGAUAGUCAUCUGGGUAUGCGAGGGGGGUGAAGUCACCGAGGAGCUACUGGAUCAGUGGCUGGGUCGGGGUCAGGACUCCCCAAAAGCUCUGCUGGUCAGCGACGCCAAGCACAUACCUGAGGUCGAAAAGCUGCUCAAGAAUCGUGUGACUGGAAUUCACGCAGUACCCAAGCAAGAAAAUCAAUCCGAUGGGUCCUGGGUGGUGUCGACGCUCUCCAGGCAGGAGAGAUGCUUUAUGCUCAGGGUUGGGCCCACGGCGCACUCCACCACAACGAAAACGAUCCCAAUGCCGACGAGACAGUCGUACUUGUUGGCGCGGGAAUUAUGA